UCUCAGCAAGUUACAAGAAAAACUGAGCCGUCCAACAACAUAGCUUAACCCGCUGAAAUCAGUAUGACAGUCAAAGUGUUUAUCACGGGCGCCACGGGCUACAUCGGUGGCGACACGCUUUAUGCGCUCAACCAGAAACACCCAGACUGGGAAUACUGUGCUCUGAUCAGGACGCAGGAGAAGGCAAACCAAGUCAAACAGCAGUACCCAAAGCUUCGCAUCGUGCUGGGUGAUCUGGAGGACUCGGUCGUGAUCCAGGAGGAGAGUGCAAAGGCCGACAUCGUCCUGCACACUGCAGAUGCAUCGGAUCACGAGGGCGCGGCGAGAGCCAUUGCAGCCGGUCUCUCCGAAGGCCACACGCCAUCUAGUCCUGGAUUCUGGCUGCAUACCGGCGGUACCGGUAUCUUGACUCAUGAAGACUCCAAAAACGAUCGCUUGGGAGAGUGGUCGGCCAAGGAAUACAACGAUCUCAGCGGGGUGGAUGAGCUGACUCACCUUCCCGAUGAUGCGUUCCAUCGCAAUGUCGACAAGAUCGUACUCGAAGCGGGAACCAAGUAUGCCGACAGGGUCAAAACGGCGCUGGUCUGCCCGCCCACCAUUUACGGUGACGGCCGUGGCCCCAUAUCCGGGCGCUCUCGCCAGGUCUACGAGCUGACCAAGCUCAUCUUACAAAAGGGGUACACGCCGAUCGUGGGCGCGGGAAAGGCGCGGUGGAAUCACGUCCACGUCUACGAUCUGGCCACUGCCUUUGUCCUCCUGGCCGAAGCGGCGGUGGCCAAGAACCUGUCCGACGAGAUCUGGGGCGCCAAGGGCUACCAUCUGUGCGAGAACGGCGAACAUCUCUGGGCCGACCUGGCCAGGAAGAUCUCGGCCAUGGCCGCGGACAAGGGCUACAUCCCCGCCAACCCGUCGGAGAAGCGACUUUCUAAAGACGAGGCUCUCGCGGUUGCAGGCUUCGAAGCUGUAAGUUGGGGCUUGAAUUCAAGGGGGAAGGCGGAGCGAUUGAGGAAGUUUCUGGCCUGGGAGCCCAAGGAGAAGAGUAUUGAGGAGGAGGCCGGCGGUAUACUGGAGGUGGAGAGGGCAAGACUGCAGGGCAAGAUGUCAUAGCCCCAGCAACAAGCGGAACCAGAGGGAAAUGUCCAUUAGAGAAGGCAAGUGACUUAUACAUUGGUG